AUGGUCGUUGUCAGCACAAAGACGAAUGAGCAGCUUUCAGCGCGCGGUAUUUACCAUCUAAGUGAUACCGAAAGACACAUCGAGUCUAAAUUCCGAAUACCUGAUUUUGAGGCGCUCGAUCCAAUAAAAGUUGUUUCCGAACUUAUGUCAUCGGCAAUGCAAGUAGAUACUAAAAGAAAAACACUAGCUGGAAUAGAAUUGCCAUUUACAUUAACGGGAAAGCCAAUGAAUCUAGAAAUUAAUGGCGAAUCACGUAAUGAGAUUAGUCUCAUUAACAAUCGCAAGAAUGAAAAGAAACCGGAAGAAGAAAUCAGAAGAACAGAUAUCUCCCCGGAUGCAAGGCAAGCUUUUCUUAGAGCUCGUCACGUCUGCUUAGAAGAGUCUGUUGAGUCUUGUGAUGAAGCUCUCGAUACAUUUCACCGUAUCCGUUUUGGAAAAUCACUUGUUGACGAUGAUUUCGUCGUGAAAACGAUACAAAAGAGAUUGCAAAGUGAUGGCGAUCUCGAUGAACUGAACACUGAUCCACAACCGCUAAUUUCUCAAUCAUCGCAAGUAUCAAGGCCAUCAAAUCUCGAUUAUCAUGACAAAGCUUUGAACUUUCUUAAGCAAAUAACCUAG